AGCUCCGUUGAAAGUACUGCAUCCCAUUGUAAAAUUAGUUUAGAGAAAAACUAUUUAAUUAUUCCUCAAAAAAUGUAUAGGAAUUGUUGAGUGGGUGAAUUUUGCUAUUCUUUACAUAGUUAUUCACACCAUGUGUUUAAAUAAAAACAAUAUUUUCAAGUGAUUAGUUUUCAGACACUCUUAAAGUCAAAACUGGGGAAAAUGGUAUCGACGAGGCAAAUGAGUAGCGUUGGGGGUGGUAACGGAAGCAGUGAUGGUGCAGGCCCAUCACACGCGGAAUCUGUGUCCGUGUCCCGGGUGACACGACAUUCUAGCGCCUUGAUGCCGGGAGGCUCAUCGCCGCACUCUAGCACUGCUAAGUGCACCGUUGUAGUGCCUGCAAAGACUUAUAAUACCAAUUUAAUGGAUUUGCCCAUUGAAGUUAUCGAGAAAAUAUUUUGUUAUCUGGGAUUUAAAUCUGUUUCUCAUCUUAGAAUGGUCAACCGACAAUUCAACACAAUAUGUAGUGGAAUAUUAAAUUCAACAUUUCAACGCUUACAAAAUCAAAUGUUGCAUAGAUUUCAUUCAAUCAAAGCUAAAAUGCCUCGAAGAGAAUCAGCCCGUAGAAGCCAUCCUUUGGCUUGCGAGUCUGACAUUAUUGAAACUUUGCAUAUGAGAUUAAGUUUGUUACAAAUGACUUUUGGUAAACAUAUAGAGAGGAAACAUUGUUGCUUUUUUCCAGGAGAGAUAUUAGAUGAAGUAUACAGUAUUUUGUCUUAUCUUAAAAUAACAACUAAACUGGCAAGGCCAUACAAAGUAACCGAUGAGCUCUUUGAUUUGACAACAAUGGCUAUGGAGUACUUUAAAGAACAUAUAGAACCAAAUUUACCAGAGAUUACAUAUUUUGGAACAGACUUUUUUGACAUCACCACAGCAUUUUCACCUGGUGAAAGUAGCAAGUCAUACAUUUGUCUAGACUCACCACCUGCUGGUUUUGAUUCUUCUACAUCACAACAACCAAAUAAUUCAAAUGAUUGUCGAGCUUCAUCACUGACCAUGUACAUGGAAGAGAGUUUGCCUCCAUCACCACCCCCACCCCAAAGUAAUAUGGUACUUAGGAAACGAAUACAUCGCAUUAAACAAGGAAUGAAGAAAUAUAAUGAUCAACUCUCGGCUUUACGGAGUGAUUUACGCAGCUGUAAGCGCAAAACAGCACUUCAACAAAAGCAAAUCGCUGAACAGCAAAAACAGAUAGCUGAACAGCAAAAACAAACAUUAGAGUAUGCCAACCGUCUUGAUGACUAUGAUAAGAAAAAUGAGGAAACCAGUCGUAAAUUUCAAACUCUAUUACAGGAAUUGAAUAAAUGUAAAACAGAACUACAGUAUUGGCGAUCUCGAUCACCGGCUGUGCCUCCAUUGUGUGCGGAGUGCGGGGCCUCAUUGCGUCUUUCACCAUCAUCAUUUGCGCAGUGGGCGGCCGGAAGCAGCGGUGAAGAUGCGGCCGAAGUAGCCGUAGAGGCGGUGGCCGUGGCGACCGGUCCCGAAGUCGUAGUGGAACUCAAGGCGGAGUCGAAGUCGAAAUCAGAGCCGAAAGUCGAGAAAAAGCCAGAACCAAAAUCCGAGACCAAGGCGAAAGCGGAUACGAAAUUGGAGACCAAGACGAAGUCUGAAAACAAACAGGAAACCAAAAAUAAAGUAGAAACAAAAGCGGAAUCUGGAGGCGAAGGUUGCGCGUCCACCCCGCCCAGCCGUCGCCGCGCCUCCGCCGACGCCUCUCCGCCCGACCGCAAGAAGCGCAGGCUCACUCGUCCGCGCAAGCUCUGAGACGCAACGCCAAGGUGAGUAAGACAUCGCAACUGAUACGAUUGCCGGCCUUUUAGUUUACUUGACACUUCAAGACAUUUUUAUGCUUCUUUAUCUCCCAUCUUGGAGACACGAAGACGUCCAAAAUUUUAUUUAAUUACGAAAACCAUAUGUUCACAAGCGAAUCUCUAGAUUUCUAUGUGGCUGUUAAAAAGAUGCAUAUAGUUAUUUUGCGCUAGUACCUUUAACCACAAAUGUCUAACAUUUCGAUUCUGAUGUUUGCACGCCUAGAAUAACGGGACUGACUAGUUGAUUCUAUGUUAUUGGGAGCGGGGACUUCCAUCAAACUCGCUUUUGACGCGGGCCAAUAAGUAAUGGUUUUUGUGAUUUAUUGAAAUUAAUGUACGUACGACAAUCCGCAUCCACUAUAUCUUAGUAGAGUUCGUAUGGGUGUUACAAAUGGGCAAUAAAAAAGUGAAAUGGUUCUAUAAUAAUUGGUAGUUUAAGUUUAAGAUUGGUUUCUUCCAAAAUAUGUGAAACACUUUGCUCAUCUGAUAACAAAUACUUCAAAUGAAGCUAUGAUAUGCAGUUUACUGCAUUAUUAAAAAUAAUUAUUUUGAGAGAAAUUUAGUAUCUCUUUAUUUGUAGAAUUUGUUUCAGGUUCCAUUUUUGUUAGCUUAAUGUUAUUUUCAUAGUUUAAUUAAAAAUAUUGUUUAUAAAUAACAUAAUAGAUCAACCGCAAAACACCACUUUCAUGUACAAAUUUAACACAAUGUCAAACAAUAUCAUUAUUAUCAUCAUUUUACAUUUAAUUUUAGAAUUGCAACCUAAAAUAAGUCAUUCUAAAUGUAAAGUUUAUUUUAAAAAUGUAUAAAUUUGUCUUAAGGAAAUAUUAUUUGAAAAAGGUACUGGUAGUGAACUAUUUACAGAUGACUGUGUUCAAUUGUACAAUUACGCUGCAUAUUUUAUUUAUAUUCAAUUUUAAAUUUGACAAGUAAUGCUUAAUUGAAACUUUGUAUUGCACAACAUAUUUUAAAGUUUUUCAAACGAGAAUGAAUUAGGUUCAUAAAAAUGAAACUGAACUUUAGAAUUACAAAUCACCUUAACCUGAUUUGAACUAACAACACUAAACUCUAAUUAAAUGUAUUUAGAAUUGUAGUUAUGAAAUAAACAACGGUUUCAAUGUUUAUUUAAUUACAUGUUGUAAUACUAAAGUAGUUGAUCAUAAGGGCAGAUUUUAGCAAGUAUUGCCCCGGGCAGUAUUCAUAUACCAAAUGGCUAGAUUCUUGUGGCCGAUCGUUUCAAAUGUACACAUUUAGCUCUGAAAAUAAAUCACACUGUUAUUCUUUGAAGUGAAAAAGAAAGUUCAUUUAUUUUCAAUGUUGUUUUCUAAUUUAAUUAAUGGCUGUAAAAAUGUAGUGUUUUAUACUAAUAGAAAAUAUCAGUGCAAUUUAAAUAUAGGUUAAGCUAUUAUAGUUAACUAUUUAAAUAGGUCAUAAUAACAUUAAAUUUUAAUAGUCCAAUUUUUUUUUCUCAUAACACUUAAAAUAUUCAAUACUUUUUACGAUCUCAUAACCUUUUUAAAAUAUUUUAUAAACAUCUAGAACAGUGAAAAUACAUUAACCUUUCAAGUUACAGAAGUAAAAAAUACUUUUUACAGACUUCAAAGACACAUUUCAAUUAUGUUAAUAUUAUUAAUUUUAAUAUUCUUUUACCACAAAUAAUUCAACCUGCAAUUAGUAAUGCUGUGGUAUAAUUACAUCUAGUACCUAUAGUUUUAGUUAGUUAAGUUUUACAGCUCUACUUAUAUAACUUUAACACAUUUUAGGUUACAUUUUGUGAAUAGAGGUGAAGGUUGAUACAUUGUGUUUAUUUGUAAAUAAUAAUAAAUCACAUGUGUAAUGUACAAAUAAAUAUAUUUAUUGUUGUAAAAUUUUAAACCAUGUACAAGGAAUGCUUUGUGACAUGGUGUACGAUUAGAAUACAGUAGUUGCCUCGUAAAGCUAUUUUCCGUACGUUUUGGUUUUAAUGAAUGUGCUCAAUGGGCUUCACACAGUUCUUGCAUCAUGUCACCAGACAAACUAAAAAACAUAUCAACCAAAUUCAAAUAUUCUUAAUGAUAAUUGUUUAUCGUAAAAUGUGCUUUACCAUACCAUACAGCAUCUCGAAUACGCACAAAUUAUAAUAUACAUUUGUGUAAUAUAAUAUAUAAAAGGUCAUUUUGUGCUCCCGAUAACCAUAUUAUGGGUCAUCAAUAUACCUUUAACAGUGAUUACGUUGCAAUUUUAAUUAUAUAAAAUCACAAAUUAGUCCAUUGGUACUUUCGAUGUAUUUUCGAUUUAAUUAAAAGUUCGUCUAAUUUUCCGAAAAAUCUGUUCAUGGAAGUUUACCUUUUGAAAAUAAACAAUAAUAUAUCUCAUGUGCGAUAAUUCACGCGCAUGGCGGUUGUUUUAGGUGCAAGACAAGACAAAUGCUUCACCUAUUUGGACAAUAAACUUUUGUAAGUUA